UUCCCAAUGGGGGCAUGGCGAAACACGAGAUUUAUUCGUAGUUUAUCUUCUGUCAAAAGGUAUAGAGCUCGCUUUAGUUAUUACUCUUUGUUUGGAGGAGAACCAAGGGCUUGUAUGGCAGAAAAAAGGUCUAGAUCGCCCCUUCCUGCACAGAGGCAAAUCCACGUACACAACAGACAACAAGAGGCACAGCUUCUUCAGUCUGCUAAGAAUGUCAUCCCCUCCCUGGAGGAAACAUUCCAUAAAGGAGUGGCUGGGCGAAUUGGCGUCAUCGGGGGCUGUCAAGAGUAAGUGGUACACUGGAGCCCCGUACUUUGCUGCUAUAUCAGCCCUGAAGACUGGUGCUGAUCUCUCACAUGUGUUUUGCACAUCUGAUUCAGCUUCUGUGAUCAAGUCUUACAGUCCUGAACUCAUAGUGCAUCCACUUUUAGACAGAACAUUUGCAGUAAAUGAAAUAUCUGAAUGGUUGUCACGGCUUCAUUGCCUUGUUGUCGGCCCAGGGCUCGGACGUAAUCCAACCAACUUGGAAAAUGCCAAGCGUACCAUAGAAAAAGCAAGAAAAAACAAGAAGCACUUGGUUAUAGAUGCUGAUGGAAUAGCUGUAGUCACGACAUAUCCUGAAAUCAUCAAAAACUAUGAUUCUAAAAAGUCAAAGGUUAUCCUGACUCCCAAUGUGGUGGAGUUUGACAGACUCUAUACCAGUGUGAUGGGGAAAGCUGCUGACCCACAUGGAGAUAGCUAUGAACAGGCUCGUUCACUCAGUCAAGAGCUUGGAAAUGUGACCAUAUGCAGGAAAGGCCAGCAUGACAUCAUCACUGAUGGACAGACUGUUGUUGAGUGUUCAAUAACUGGCAGCAACAGGAGAUGUGGUGGGCAGGGGGACUUGCUGUCUGGUUCUAUGGCGGUCUUUCUUCAUUGGGCAAACAUGUGGUGUGAAAACAACCCUGAUGCACAAAUAAGUGAAGUAACGCAGAAUCCCACACUAGUGGCAGCUUAUGCCGCUAGUGGGCUUACCCGCUGGUGCAACCGGCUAGCAUACAGCAGACUCAAACGAAGCAUGACAACGUCAGAUAUGAUCCAGCAAAUCCAUCAGGCCUUUGAGGAGCUGUUUGGCAAAGAGUAGGGAGUCGUUCAGUCAAGGUAAUCCAUCAGGCCUUUUAGGAGAUGUUUGGCAAAGGGUAGAUACGAGUUGCGCGACGUAGGCCAUGGAACCCCAUGCAAAUGAGAUGCUCAUUUUAGUAGUGAAUUAAAUCCGCUUGAAUCAAAGUGAAUUUCAGUCCAUCCUACAACUAAAGCGUCUCGGUUCUUUUGAUAAAGUAUCAAAUAAUACAGGGAAAGUUGUAUUUUAAAAAUGGUGAGGGUUUUGAGUAUUAAAAACAAAAACGAAAAAGCAUAGUCGGAUCUACGGACUUUGAACAAGGAUAGCAGAAAACAGUAAAAAAAAUUCAGAGCUGGGCGCGAAAUGUUUUAUAUAAAAUUCAGCGCCUGGCAUGAAAGCCUUAACUUACGAUGUAAAGUAUGAAUUACGUAUUCCAAGAAGUGGCAGAUAUUAUUCCAAUACUAAAUAUAUUUAAUUGGUAUCUCAUUUGUAUUUUUAUACAUACAUUUCAGGGCAAAUUAUAUCGUCUAAACCAAAAAACGCGUAACCAAGAGAAAACGAUGAAGAUGGAAUAUUUGCGAAAGCUCCAGAAAUCAUAAAUGUGUAACCAUCCAUUCCAUUUCUCCAUUUUUUUCUCCUUGUUAUGUUUUUACGGUUAAUUUAGCCGCGCCCGUGAGGGUUCGCAAGGGGUUUGCUUCACAGGAGCAUAGCCACGCCCAUCUCGGGUUUGAGGUGUUUAGAAGUGUGUCAUAGUUAUCAAGCACGUGUCAUUACAUGUAUGGGAAAUUUUUAUGUAUUAUCUUUAAUGGCUUUCGCCCAUCUGGUGUAAUUACAAGACGAAUUCGACUGUUAACACUAGAGAUAUCAACACUACCAAUAUCGUAGUAUGGUGCCAAGACUGGGGAUAUGAGAAGGGGUUUCUGAAUAAAUGAAUGUUAAACAUUAUUUUAUUUAAUAAAUUAAUAAAUAAA